AUGGCAUCACAGCCUCUAUCCCGUGUGCUUUCCAGGACAGUGUCUAGCCCCUUGUCGGCCUUGAGACGGCAGAGUCCUCAGCUAUCGUUACGAUGGCUUUCGAGCGCAAGUAGACCGCCGAUGGUCGUCCUGGCGCAUCACCGGCCAACCUUGCAACGGCAUCACCAGCCUGUUACCCAAGGACGUACCGGCGUUCCUUCAAAUAGGCGAACUAUAUUCAUUGAGACGGAUACCACUCCCAAUGCCGAUGCUCUCAAGUUCCGGCCUAACCACCCUGUCCUUCCCGAAGGCUUUCCGGUUUCCUUCCUUGAAUACCUAACUCCGCGAUCUACCCUACAACCACCAUAUCCAUCUCCUCUAGCGGCAAAGCUUCUCAACGUUGACGGUGCUGUAUCGGUGUUUUUCGGCUCGGACUUUAUUACGGUAACUAAGGAUAGUGAUGCUAAUUGGGCCCAUAUCAAACCCGAGAUCUUCAGCCUGAUUACCGAAGCAAUUACUAGAGGCGAAGCACUGGUAAACGUUGUUGAUGUCAGACAAGGUAAGGAGGGAGCGGAGGGCGCGGAAGCAGAAGAAGCUGUACGAUAUAACGAAGAAGAUGAGGAAGUUGUUGGGAUGAUUCAAGAGUUACUCGAGACAAGAAUCAGGCCCGCUAUUCAGGAGGACGGUGGAGAUAUAGAAUUCCGCGGAUUUGAAAACGGGAAUGUCCUGCUAAAGCUUCGUGGAGCUUGCAGAACCUGUGAUUCGAGUACUGUGACAUUGAAGAACGGUAUCGAGUCUAUGCUCAUGCAUUACGUGAGUUCACCUCCCCUAUUCAUUCACGCACCUGCUCCUACACCCACCGCCGGGAUGUUGAGCCCGCGUUGUUAA